CUGAAAUGAAAUUGAUUAUUGGUUUAUUUUCAUGGAUUUUGUAUUUUGAGUUGGUGAAGGUUAUUUAUUAUUCUUCAUUAAUUUCCUGCAGCUCCCUGAAUCAUGACUUGUGUCAAUGACUACUAUUCUUACUUCCACUCUCCAUUUGCUGAUUAUCUGGGACUUUUUGCACACAGCCAGCAUAUUCAUAGAUGUCGAGAACUUGAAUUGAAUGUUCUUGAUUGUACUGAUGUGUAUGGACGUAAAGGAUUAAAGAAGCAGUGUGCAACUGAAUAUGAAGAUUUUUUAGAAUGCUUAUAUAAUAAGAAACAACACGCUCGAGUAGCUGCAAUGCAACAGGAACGCUUGCGUCAAUAUUAUUCUGGGGAAAGAACAAAGAAAAAUCUUUAUUCUGAAUCACCAAAGUUAGAUGGAUUUCAUAAGACAUACACUGAGAGUAUUGAUUAAAAGUUUUUAUCUGCUGUGGAAAGAGUAAAAAUUUACCAUAUUGCUGGAAAACAUGAUAUGAAACUGUUUUGUAGUGAUUUUCAACAAUAAAUUAUGUGACCAACCA